CCCAAGAUCACAAAGACUUCUUAUCAUCCGCUCUCAAAUCUUUCUUCCAAGUGUUUCCCCAAGCAAACCAUUCCAUCCACCAUGCCAACCCUCAAAUCCAUCGCCGCUUUCCUCCUCCUCACCCUCGCCCUAGGCGCAGCAGCCCAGCCCACCACAGAAAUUACCAUAGGCAACGACACCAACAACGGAACCACCUGCGCCGUCUUCAACUGGGACCAUCAGCCCGUCUCCUGGGAUGAAUACCCGCCUCUCCGCAUCAGCGCAGCCUUCAGCUGCCCCAACACCACUACCACCACCACUACCAACAACACCAACGCCUGCGAGAUCACGGGCACAGGGGGGUACAGCACCUACUACGCGGUGACGAACCUGACCGGCCUCGCGGCGGGCCCCCUGACGGCCCUGGUCCAGAAGACGGUCGCGAAGAAACAACUGCAGACGAGCAAUUUCAGCGCCCAGGCGACGGUUUACAGUGGGGUCGGCCGCAUGCCCCUCGCGCCGGGCCAGUCGGCGUACGCCGCCGAGAUCGCCAGCAGCUAUUGCUUCACGGGCACGGUGGCCCGCUGCACGGGCGGCAAUCCCCCGAUCGCCGACAACACGCCCGUGCGGGUGUGUUCGCCGCUGUGGCAGUAUGUCCGCACGGUCGGAAACGUGAUGACGUCCUCCACCAGGACUGUGAAUGUGACUCGCGAGCAGGUCGCCAACUUGACGGAUCCGUUUGCCGGUCAGAAUGUGACGCUGCCGAACGGGGCGGCGGGAGGGUUGGUUGUUGCGGGGAAUAGGUGGUUGUCCGGGCUGGUGGUUGCAGUUGUGGUGGCUGUGAUGGUUUAAUGUCCUGUUUGUGUUGGUUUUGGAUAUGAUUUUGUGUUGUGAGUGAUGAGAUGAAAUGUUUAUGAUUGGGCUAUGUGGAAUGUGGGAGUCUGCCAGCUUAUGAUGCGACUGCUUCUGAUAUUUGUUCUUUAAAAGUGUGAAGAUAGAGAGAACUUGGUCUUUCC